AUGAUCAUUUAUCUCUUCCUGAUUCUAGCUACUUCCAUAACCCAAACUCUUACCUUGAAGCUACCUGACCAUCCACUUGGUAAGGAGUACUCCGCCAAACACCAAAACCGUCGCACUGAGCAUGUAUCCCGACUUGAGCCACUGUCACAUGUAAACACGACCAGACUUCAAGUGGCAUACUAUGAAGACGGUUCCUCAGAUUCACAGGCCGUUCUUCUCCUUCACGGGUGGCCCUAUGAUAUUCACAGCUACACGGAAGUCGCGCCAGCUCUUGUGAAACAAGGAUACCGUGUUAUUGUUCCAUAUCUGCGCGGUAAUAGACCUACCACCUUUCUACACAUAGAUACCUUCCGCUCCGGCCAGCAAGCAGCUCUAGGCUACGAUAUCAUCGAAUUACUUGAUGCUCUAAACAUAAAAAAAGCUAUCUUUGCUGGUUACGACUGGGGUGGACGCGGUGCGUGCGUGGCAGCAGCUCUGUGGCCCGAACGAUGUGCUGGCCUAGUAUCAGUCAACAGCUACUUGAUCCAAGACCUGUCAAAAGCCUGGGUUCCACUCGAUGCCAAGAUUGAAGCGGGCUUUUGGUACUUGUACUAUUUUCUAACUCCCGGUGGACAAGCGGCUUUGGCAGAACACCCGAAAGAAAUAGCUAGGGCUGUUUGGGACAAGAACUCUCCUGAAUGGAACUUCACAGAAGCAGAUCUGGAUCGUGCUGCUGAGACCUUUAUCAAUCCAGACUAUAUCAGCAUUGUUACUCAUGUUUACAAACAUCGCCUGUUGUAUGCUCCGGGCGAUCCCGAUUACAGUCAUAUUGAGAAGGAGCUUCUUCAACAGCCCGUUAUUUCAGUCCCAACUGUAACAUUGGAUGGACUUGCAGACGGCAACUUUCCGCCGACGAAUGGGUCUUCUUCAGCGAAGUACUUUAGUGGUCUACGUGUACACCAUCAGGUUCCUGGUGCGGGGCAUAAUCUUCCGCAGGAGAAGCCUGGUGCUUUUGUCAAUGCAGUGCUUGAAGUUGCGUCGCUGAGAUAG